UGCAUCGUUCCCUCUGUACAUUUUCUCUAUAAUCGUAAUUCAUCUUCAUUCUCGCUGUCUUAUUGUUUCAAUCCUCCAGUAGCUCUUAAUGGACUCCAUCUCCGCUCCUAACUCGACUCCUUCUGUGCACCCGAUGACUCUCAAGUUCUCAAAGUAUGAGGACAUCUGGCCCGAUGAGGUGCAUGCCGCAUUUAUGGAAGCACUCUCCCUAUAUCCACCGAUGGGUAAGCGACGCAUCAAGUAUUACUUGCUCAAGAAAGGGGAAGACAAAAAGAGCGUGGACUUUCAUGACUCUUCAAGAGUCAAAGCAUUUGGUCGGUGUCAGCUUAUACAACUCUACAUAUUGGAAAAAACAGGCCAGAGUCGUACAAGGAAGCAGGUCUCUAGUCAUCUGCAGCGACUGAAGAAGAUGCAUAGGAAGAACCCUGAAUUCCUUUCUCGUCUGGAACCGAAGGAGUCUAGUCUGGGUAGCUCUUGCGCUGAACCAGUCCCGGGACCCGAAGUUAUUGGCACGUCUGGCGGUGCUAAGCUCGUCGCUCUGCCCUCAUCGUUCCAGAGCAGCGCUGCGUCCGGGAACAAAGACUCAGAGCACUCUCGUACUAUGCAUCUAGAUGUUCACUUGCCAGCAUCGACCAACAUCGAGCACGCUCAUAAUUGUUGGAAGAUAAAGAAUGAAACUCUAGACUCCUCGUACUGCGACGCUCAAGAGCCUCAUGAGGCUUACGAAGGCGCCUUCCUAGACCCUCAUCCGGCGCUACAGCCACUGGUAAUUCAGAACCCAAGUAUCGAAAGGUCUUACAGCUCUAUGUCGGAUAAAUCUGCGUUACAUCCAUGCAACUCUAUGUCUCUCCGGAGAUUGGCUGCUGGCCUUCCAGCUCUGCAGCGACAGAUGGAGCUUCCCUCCCCAAGUUACCAAGAUAUCUGCGACACCGCUGAGUUUGCCAAUACGCUCGGUAGCGCCACCGGCCUCAUCAGUCAGCCAGAGAGUUGCUUCCAGAAUUCCUUGUUCUCUCAUACGACGACGCAAUACGAUAAGGACUACAAUGACACUGACUAUCGCAACAACCUGUGCUCUCCGCAUCCUACGACAAAAACUUGUUAUUCUGCGCCCGAUUACGGUCAAUGGUCCGACUACAGCUCGCUCCCCACUCAUGCUCUCUCGGAACUCAAAAAUCACAUUAUGCGCUGGGGCCGGUAUGGUACCUUUGGGAUCCCUAGCGACGCUGGUGCAUCCUCUGUCCGUGGCCCUUACGAUCUUACUUAUCCUGAGUCAGGGUAUUCUUCUGAGUCUACUAGUCCGAACACCUCUACAGAAUACUCAUGGUCUUCUGAUGAAAAACUGUGGCGACUUAACUCAGGCUCUCCAGAUGGUUACGAUCCCUAUGGGACAUCAGUCCUCAAGCCGACUCCAAUUUACCCUGAAUCCUAUGUUCACUCUGGUGCUGACAUGCCGUUGUCCUCGUGCUCCGGCGCAGCCUUUUAA